CCUCGUCAUUGCUUGGAUAAGGCAGCUGAUAAAGCCGCUGUUUGGAUGACAUGCCGAAAGGACACCUCAACAUCAUCAUCGCCGCCAUCUUCCACUUGUAACUCGGCGUACCCACGUUCCAUCGCCCAGUAACAACGCUUUACAUUGUCGGCGAAUGCGCCUGCUUUUCUACAGCAAAGCGCGCCUUCCGACGAAUAUAAGCGCGACUCGCUGACUGCAGUUCCGCCGUUCCUCUUGGUAAUUCUCUGAACCCGGCCAAGUUACAACUUGCGAGACACCAAUUCUAGCGCCAGCGCCGAACAACUUGUCGCAAUCAUGGACCAAAUAAUGGGCGGUGACGGGGGCUUCCCACUCGAGACAUGGUUCUGGGAGAUGCCCGUCUGCACAAGGUGGUGGACAACGGCGACAGUCUUGACGAGCGGUCUUGUGCAGUGCAAGAUAGUAACUCCCUUUCAGCUCUUUUACAGCUAUCGCGCCGUCUUCCAAAAGUCGCAGUACUGGCGGCUCCUAACGACAUUCCUCUACUUUGGGCCCUUUUCCGUCGACCUUCUUUUCCACGUCUACUUUCUGCAGCGUUACUCGCGGCUGAUCGAGGAGUCAUCGGGACGAUCUCCUGCCCACUUCUCGUGGCUACUCCUCUUCGCCAUGACCAGCCUGUUGCUGCUCUCGCCCUUCGUGUCGAUGCCCUUCCUCGGUCACCCGCUGUCGUCGACGCUCGUCUACAUUUGGUCGCGCCGUAAUCCGGACACGCUGAUGAGCUUCCUCGGGCUGCUCGUCUUCCGCGCCCCGUACCUGCCGUGGGUGCUCAUGGGGGUCAGCCUUGUCAUACAUGGCACGGUGCCGCGGGACGAGAUAUUGGGUGUUGUUAUUGGGCACAUUUGGUACUUCUUUAACGACGUGUACCCUCCACUACAUGGCGGGUCUCGCCCCCUUGACCCCCCCAUGUGGUGGCGACGCCUCUUUGAAGGUCGACCGCGCGAUGAGACUGCCAACGGCAUCAAUAAUGAGAUUGCUAUGGCCGGGGCUGAAGUUCCUCAGCCAGAAGUUCGAUGAACCUUGUAUCAUGAUCCG